CCUCACUCAGCCUUACAACAAUACCUAUAGAAACCCGCCACAUCAGUCCUUUGUAGCAAGUAGUCCCGUAGUCCCCACCCAGCUGCCAUCGUGUUACCCAGCCCCCAAACCCACGGAUCAUGUCGGCCGACCGAACUAUGAGCGGGGAUGGGCGAUGCUGCUUGCGUGCGCAGGUGUCAAGUGGUGUCAUGCUGGCGUGAGCGACCCGGGUCCCUACCUAAUAUGUCUCGUGAUCAGGGUAUCCGCGGGUAUUUACCCGGUAAUAUUCUGGACAUGAUUGUAACCAUAGUACUUACUUUACGACUUUGCCAUCUGGUUACCUUGGGUUGCAGUGGCUUUGGCACAAUGAUGUUUUCGGAAGCAGAGUAGUGUUCGAUUACUAACUAAUAAUAACCUGUCAUUAAUUUGAUAAUUAAUUAGGUUUUUGGUUGUAACCAGGAACCAACCGAUCAAGCGAG